GGCGCAAAGUGAAACUCCCGGCACUUGCGGGAGCGCGGGGAGCGGAGACGGGCUGCGCGCCCUCGGGCCGGACGCGCCCCGGCGCCCAUGGCGCUGAGCAAGGGGCUGCGGCUGCUCGGGCGGCUGGACCCCGCGGGGGAGAGCAGCGUCCUGCUGGAGGCGCGAGGCCGCGGGGACUGCCUGCUCUUCGAGGCCGGCACCGUGGCCACGCUCGCUCCGGAAGAGAAGGAGGUCAUUAAAGGCCAGUAUGGAAAGAUCACCGACGCUUACGGCUGCCUGGGGGAGCUCAGGUUAAAAUCUGGUGGUGCUUCCCUGAGCUUCCUGGUUUUGGUGACAGGCUGCACGUCCGUGGGCAGAAUUCCAGAGGCUGAAAUCUACAAAAUCACUGCCACCGACUUUUACCCUCUCCAGGAGGAGGCCAAGGAGGAGGACCGCCUCACAGCCUUGAGGAAAAUCCUCAACUCGGGGUUCUUCUACUUCUCCUGGCCCAAUGAUGGGUCUAGCUUUGACCUCACCGUCCGGGCACAGAAGCAGGACCAUGACAGCUACGAGUGGGGGAGCUCCUUCUUUUGGAACCAGCAGCUGCACGUGCCCCUGAGGCAGCACCAGGUGAGCUGCUGUGACUGGCUGCUGAAGGUCAUCUGCGGGGUGGUGUCCAUCCGUACCGUCUACGCCUCACACAAGCAGGCCAAGGCCUGCCUCAUUUCCCGCAUCAGCUGCGAGCGCGCCGGCGCUCGCUUCCACACCCGCGGCGUGAACGACGACGGCCACGUGUCCAACUUCGUGGAGACAGAGCAGACGAUUUACAUGGAUGAUGGAGUGUCGUCUUUUGUCCAGAUCAGGGGCUCCGUUCCGCUGUUUUGGGAGCAGCCAGGGCUUCAGGUUGGCUCUCAUCAUCUGAGACUCAAUAGAGGCCUAGAAGCCAAUGCCCCUGCUUUCGACAGGCAUAUGGUGCUUCUGAAGGAGCAGUAUGGGAAGCAAGUGGUUGUGAACCUGCUGGGGAGCAGAGGCGGAGAGGAGGUGCUCAACAGAGCCUUCAAGAAGUUGCUCUGGGCUUCUUGCCACGCCGGCGACACGCCUAUGAUAAACUUUGACUUCCAUCAACUUGCCAAAGGUGGGAAGCUAGAGAAGUUGGAGAACCUGUUGAGGCCCCAGUUGAAGCUCCACUGGGAUGACUUUGGUGUGUUUACCAAGGGCGAGAAUGUAAGUCCACGUUUUCAGAAAGGCACGCUGCGGAUGAACUGUCUCGAUUGCCUGGACCGAACCAACACCGUGCAGAGCUUUAUUGCACUCGAGGUUCUCCACCUGCAGCUCGAGAGCCUGGGGCUGAACUCCAAGCCCAUUGCUGACCGUUUCGUGGAGUCCUUCAAAGCCAUGUGGUCUCUGAAUGGGCACAGCCUGAGCAAGAUGUUCACGGGCAGCCGGGCCCUGGAAGGGAAGGCUAAGGUAGGGGCAGACCACAGGGGGCAAGGAAGGGCCUGCACGGGUCCCUCUCACAGCCUGUGGUCUGGCUCACGGCAGGUAGGGAAGCUGAAGGACGGGGCCCGGUCCGUGUCUCGCACUAUCCAGUCCAACUUCUUUGACGGGGUGAAGCAGGAGGCCAUCAAACUGCUGCUCGUGGGGGAUGUCUACACUGAGGAGUCUGCAGACAGAGGAAGGGUACUCCUGGACAACACGGCCCUGCUGGUGACCCCCAGGAUCCUGAGAGCCAUGGCAGAGCGCCAGUCGGAAUUCACACAUUUCAGACGGAUCCGAAUCGCCAUGGGGACCUGGAACGUGAACGGAGGGAAGCAGUUCAGGAGCAACCUCCUCGGGACGGCAGAGCUGGCCGACUGGCUGCUGGACUCCCCCAAGCUCUCGGGCCUGGCAGGGUCCCCGGAUGAUGACAGCCCAGCUGACAUAUUUGCCGUGGGGUUUGAAGAGAUGGUGGAACUGAGCGCAGGGAAUAUCGUCAAUGCCAGUACCACCAACAGGAAGAUGUGGGGUGAGCAGCUGCAGAAAGCCAUCUCACGCUCUCAUAGGUACAUUCUCUUGACCUCGGCACAGCUGGUGGGCGUCUGUCUGUAUAUCUUUGUACGUCCAUACCAUGUCCCAUUCAUCAGAGACGUGGCGAUUGACACGGUGAAGACCGGCAUGGGAGGAAAGGCGGGGAACAAGGGUGCCGUGGGCAUCCGCUUCCAGUUCCACAGCACCAGCCUCUGCUUCGUGUGCAGCCACCUGACGGCCGGGCAGGCCCAGGUGAAGGAGAGGAACGACGACUACAGGGAGAUCACCCAGAAGCUCAGUUUCCCGAUGGGAAGAAACAUCUUCUCUCACGAUUACGUGUUUUGGUGCGGCGAUUUCAACUACCGCAUCGAUCUCACUUACGAAGAAGUCUUCUAUUUUGUCAAACGCCAAGACUGGAAGAAACUUCUGGAAUUUGACCAGCUCCAGCUGCAGAAAUCAAGUGGAAAAAUUUUUAAAGACUUUCACGAAGGCACCAUUAAUUUUGGACCUACUUACAAGUAUGACGUUGGCUCGGCCGCCUACGACACGAGUGACAAAUGCCGCACCCCUGCCUGGACAGACAGGGUCCUGUGGUGGAGGAAGAGGCACCCUUUUGACAGAACAGCCGGAGAUCUCAACCUGCUAGACAACGACAUAGACGCGGACAGCACGGUCAGACAUUCCUGGUCUCCUGGAGCCCUCAAGUAUUACGGCCGAGCGGAACUGCAAGCAUCCGAUCACAGACCCGUGCUGGCGAUCGUGGAGGUGGAAGUGCAAGAAGUCGAUGUGGGUGCUCGGGAGAGGGUGUUCCAGGAAGUGUCCUCUUUCCAGGGCCCCCUGGAUGCUACCGUCAUAGUCAACCUUCAGUCACCAACCGUAGAAGAGAAAAACGAGUUUCCUGAGGACGUGCGCACAGAACUCAUGCAGACAUUGGGCAAUUAUGGGACCAUUGUUCUUGUCCGGGUCAACCAAGGGCAGAUGCUGGUGACUUUUGCAGACAGUCACUCAGCUCUCAGCGUCCUGGACGUGGACGGUAUGAAGGUGAAGGGCAGAGCAGUGAAGAUCAGACCAAAGACCAAGGACUGGCUGAAGGGUUGGCAGGAGGAGAUCAUCCGAAAGCGGGAUAGCAUGGCCUCCGUGUCUCCAACCGCCAAUUCCUGUUUGCUGGAGGAGAACUUCGACUUCACAAGCUUGGACUAUGAGUCAGAGGGGGACAUUCUCGAAGAUGACGAAGACUACUUGGUGGAUGAGCUAAGUCAGCCUGUGGUCUCAGACGGUGAGACGGCAGGGGACUACCUUUCCGAAGCCCCCAGCUGCACAGCAGCCGUGCCUGCCGACACGUCACCUGCACUCACUAAAAAGACGCGGCACCCGACCUACAAAGAUGAUGCUGACCUGGCAGAGCUCACGCAGGAGCUGGAAGCAGUCGGGGAUUUCCGCCACCGUUCUCCAAGCAGGUCUCUGUCGGUUCCCACUAGGCCUCGGCCACCUCACCCACCGCAGAGACCCCCCCCUCCAACUGGUUUAAUGGUGAAAAAGUCGGCUUCGGACGUGUCCAUCUCCUCCGGCACCCAUGGGCAGUACUCGAUUUUGCAGACGGCAAAACUUCUGCCAGGAGCGCCCCAGCACGCACCCAAAGCCAGGACGGGGAUAAGUAAACCCUACAAUGUCAAGCAGAUCAAAACUACCAAUGCCCAGGAGGCAGAAGCAGCCAUCCGAUGUCUCCUGGAAGCGAGAGGGGGCAUCCCAGGAGAAGCCGUAAAUGCCACAGCCCUGAGGAACCAAGGGACUUCCAAACCAGAGCCCCCAGUAGCGGUGGCCCCGCUCCUGCCCCGUCGGCCUGCACCCAGGGUUCCUGCCAUCAAGAAGCCAACCUUGAGGAGGACCGGAAAGCCUGAGUCACCGGAAGAACAGUGUGGGCAACAGUCUGUCCAUUUCACAAUCGGGCCCCCAGAGACCAGCCUUGAAACCCCUCCUCUAGCAGCCGUCCCUCCUGUUCCCAAACCGAGAACACUUCAGCCCAGGAAGGGGACUGACAGGAAGGCAAGUGGGGGGAAGCCGGUGCCCAACGACGCCCCUCCUGCGGCCGGAGCCACCCCGCCACCCCCUCUGGAGGUGCUGCCCCCCGCGCCGCAGGCACCCCCGAGGAGGAAGAAGUCCGCCCCCGCGGCCUUCCACCUGCAGGUGCUGCAGAGCAACAGCCAGCUUCUCCAGAGCCUCACCUGUAGCAGCAGUGACUGUUCCCCGGCGCCCCGGCCUGACCAGGGCGUGCUCUUUCCACAGCCGGCUCAUCCUGGCCCCUUGUCUGCUGCUGGUGCCCAAGCAGAUGGUACCAAGGAGACACAGCCAGAGGCGGCCUCCCUUCUUGGUGAUUACCAGGAUCCUUUCUGGAACCUUCUCCACGACACUCACCUGUUGAAGAAUGCCUGGCUUUCCAAGAACUCUGACCCACUGGACCCCGGGACUGGGAGCCUUGGAAGAGCACACACAGCCUCGCUGCAAAUCAGCGCCUCAGCGGCCGACAACCUGCCACCGGAGCACGGGCCGAGCGACUUGGGUCACUGGAUGACAAUCAGUGACAAGGACAAGAGGACUGUGCUGCAGGUGUUUGACCCGCUGGCAGAAACAUGAGCAGGAGGCACGGACCACAGCUCUUUCCGAGAACGUGUGCCUUCUUCCCUCUGGCAUCUCUUUCCAGGGCACAGCCCCACACCUUGGCCUCACCCUCCCGGGUCAAAAGAGACCUCUAUUUAAAGGCACACUGAAAACACAGUUGUCCUUCUGUCACUCUUGUGUCUCUUAUUCAAUGAGAUAAUUAUUCAGCCACGAAGAUACGUUUUAUUCCAGACGUGUGCAUUUUAGUUUCCUAGAAUCUGGUUAGAUUCAGCGUGUAGACUUGAGGAAAGAGAAUCUAGCUGAUGAUGUCCAAGAGUCUCUCUCUCAUUGGAUUUUAAAUGGUUUUUCAAUUUAUGUGUGUAUGUGGGUCUUUUUAAUUUUUGUUUGUAUCUUACAGAUAUUGGGAAUAACUUUACGGUGAACCGCCUGAAGGUUGAUCCAUAAAACUAAAAGGUGUCUGGGACCAUUAAGAGCUAUAUCCCUGGCCUGCUGAUAUGAGGUUACAAAAAAUAGUAAAAGUUGGAAGCCCCCAAUAGAUCAACCAAAUGAGUAUACAUUCCUGUGAGCCCUUGUGUUUACUUAUAUACGUGUACACUGACCCUGAUCACGUGAGAAAUGGUGUCGCACACGGUUUUGGGUCUGAAGUAUAUCCCAUUUGCUGAACCUGAGCUGAAGCGGCUGCAGACUCCUUCCCGCAUCAUGUCUUGGAUGGUGCCUGCCCCAUAAAGCGCUACAGUCUUGAGCCCACGUGUACUAAACUGGUUUUUCUACACUGACUCUUCCCUAUGAGAGAAAACCUCGCGGCCUCUUUCUCCUCUUACAUUCCAUACCAAGUAAAAGCACAAACCGUGAAAACCCAUACCGGCACAUGACAUUGGUCCUCGUUGUUGUAUUAUGAAGAAUAUUUAUUUUAGCUCUGUGCCUCCCUAUAUAAGAAACCCCAGGGCAGCAUUUUUGGGUUUGCUUAUCUAUCUGUUUAUUAGGCUUAUUGUUUUUGGCUAUACAUUUUUCUAUACAUUUGCAACACCACUUCUUGCCCUAGUCCAUCAUUUAGAAAGGUAUCACCUAAAUAUUAGUUUACAUUUUAAGAAUAAGGUUAUAAGGUGUAGAAUCCGUUUGGAGAGGAUACCGUAUUUUCGGUAACAAGAAAUUCACUGGUGAAAUCUUACUGUUUUUACCUCUGGGUAAAACCACUCUGGGGGUUUUUACCACUGGGGGUAACCACUCUGUUUUUACCUCAAGGGUUUCAGAAUUAUUUCUCAUUGCCACUAUCGGGAUACACUGCAGGUUAUUUAAAUUUGGUGCUCAAAACAAAAAGAAAACCACCACAUUCAUCGCAUUUCAUCUGAAAACCGAUUAGAGAAAAAAGGUAUUAGUGACCCACAGAGAGAAACUGAGAGUAUAUGUGAUUGACCAGUGGUAAAAGAUGAUGUUUCUGGCCUUAGCUGACGAGGACGUUUUCUGUAGUAAGUACUUCAUAUCCCGUUACGUCUCGUAAACACAAGUAAACAACAUCAUUCUUGAAGAGUUAGGGGGAGAAGGAACACAAGAUCGGUAAGCGUCCCGGAGAAGUGAAAUGAUUUGCCGGGAUCCACUUUGCUACUGAGGGUACGACUGGGAACGGAAUCAAAGAUUUCUUAAUUCAAAUGUUCUUUCCUCUGUCACCUCUUUUUCCCAUCAAAAAGGAGGUGAAUUUGAAAGCAGGUAUGUGUAUGACAGCAGUGACUUGCAGUGAUGGAAAUAGGCCUAACUUUAAGGUUUCUUCUUCUAGAUCCAAGUAGCCAUAAGUGGGACAGAGAACAGAAUUUUAAUUAAGAAAGGUGCUCAUCACACAGGUGGCUCAUAAGAGUCUGACAUUAAGUAUUAACACAGAAUUAUGUUGACCUCAGGAGGCAGGUCACAAGAAAAAUUAUCAGUAGUUUAACAUAAAGAAUUGAACAAACAUGAUGUGAUAAGAGGUGUUCAAAUUUGGUGAACAACGUAGACUGAAUUUUGAGGUGAUCAUAUAGGUAAGGUUCACACACCAGUGUUCUCUUUUAAAAAAGGACAAUUGGAAUUGCCUUAUUUAUUUUUUAAAUCAGUGCUUUGAUAGUUUGUAGGUUCCCUAGGUUCACAGCAGAGUUGGUUGAAUAAUCUGGACAAUGAGCAGCUGCCAUCCUGGGGAUUUCAUCCUGUGGGUUUUUUAUUUUUGGUCUUUCUCUGCUCCCAUACAGGCCGUGCAGUUUCUUUCAUUACUACUCUGUAAGGCGGUCCAGUUCACUGCAGAGGAUUUGAAGCACAGAACUUUAUAAUUCAAUAUUGUCUCUGUGACCCCAACAUUAUAUUCCCUUUUCCAAUGUAAUUUUCUCCAACAUCUUGCCUAAUUUUAAAGUUUGUUCCAGUAAAUGACUGAAAUUAGGACAUCUGCCCAAGCAAUUCCUGUAAAAGUUUAAGGUUGUUGAAAUUCAAGAUACAAUAAAAUUUUCCUGAUACGUAGAAGUACAAACAAAGUAAUGCAUUAAAACAUUCACUUUGUAAUGAAGCAAUUUUCUCAGAAAGCUGCAAAAAUUAUUUAUUGGGUGACUAGUGAUUAAUAAAAACCCUGUAAUGUUUAUUUGAAGUGAUAAUUUGUACUGCAAUUGUAAAAAUGCCUAUUAAAUAUUUUGUUUUGUUUUUUAA